AUGCCACCUGGCGUGCCAGUCUAUAACUCUGUCUUUGUUCUUCUGCUCACGGCUUCGUCUAGGACCCCUUCCUGUUCCGCUGCGCCGUGGACCGGACAAUUGUCGCGUCGAUUCAACUUAGUCCUCGAUUAUUCCCCCGCUCCAUCACCCGAGGACGGCCCUCCAGCAUCCGCCGGUGCCCUUCGCGAUCCCAAGUAUCUCCCGGCUCAGAUCGGUGGCAUUGUCGGCGCCUACGCCUUCUCGCUGGUGCUGGUCGCCCUUCUUCUUCUUGCUCUUUCCAAGAGACGCCGCGACCACCUGCGGAACCGUGACCGGCCUCCUGAGGACGAGAGCAUCUUCUUCGAAGAGUUUAACCCGUUCCCCGACCCGUUCUUGCUCCAGACCGAGGAGGACUACAAGAGACAGCUCGAGGAGUUCCAACGACUGGAGGAGAUCGAGCACUUCCAGCAUCAGCAGCACUUCCAGCAAACACAGUUCCAGCACCCGCAAUUCCAGCCUUUCGAGCACUCCCAGGAUCGGCAAUACCAUCACCCGCAGUUUCCACAACCACAGUUCGAACCCCAGCACGCCCAGACACUAUCCCUCCAGAUCCCAACGAGCCCGAUUAGGAAUUUCUCACUCCCAUCCCCUUCGCCUUUGAGCCCGACCAGGACUGGCCCGCUCAGCCCGACGAAAUCGCAGCGUUCGGUUUUCACUGCGCCCUCGCCGACUUCGACCAUCCUUGCCCCCGGGAUCGAUCUCUCAGUGGAUCAGACGGUCGUAGGCCGAGACAGAAUCAUGGCGCAACAACAGUUAGAGGAGAUGUACAAGUAUGUGAUGGAGCAGGAGCAAGCCAAGGCAGAAGGGCGAGAGUACCAUGGGCCGCAGCUCACUUCGCCGGCGUCCAACGCGAUGAGCGCAAGCCCUGCCAAGGCGGGUGGCCUGAAGAAAGAGAAAAACAAGCCGACGAGCUUGAACCUCGCCCAGGAUGAGAAGGCGCAGUCCCGGAGCUCUUCCAUAUUCUCCUUCCUCAAGUCUCCACGCAAGAACAAGAUGGGCGCGGCGGGGAUGAGCAUCUCAUCUCCCAUCAUGACGCCCAUGUCGGGAACUUUCCCGCAGCACGACGACCAAGAGAUGAACGCCAUCCAACCCCGCUCACUAUGCUCCUCCCGCGCCGCCCCCUGUUCAUUCCGACCUCCCCCUUCCGACGGGCAGCCGCUUCGGCGGCCGGCGGCAGGCAGCCACCUGCCCCACCCCUGA